CUGUGCCGGUGUGUUUGCAGCUGGACAGUUAUCCUCAAGAAAGGAAGAUGCAGCUACUCCUUGCACUGUCUUUGCUGAGCAUAGCCUCGCUCACUCUUGCUGAUAGUGUAACAACGAGUGGAGACCAAGUGUGGGCUGAAAUUCGCAACGACCCCAAGAUGACAACUUUCGAUGGACACAGCUAUGAUCUUCGCCUCCCCUGCAGGUACCUGAUCACCCACGUGGAACAGCAUUUGAAGAUCGCAAAGAAAGUUGCGGGCAAGUGCACAUGUUAUGUUCACGGAUGGAAUAAAAAAUUCAAGGGUAAGUUCUACGCCGCGGGAUUUGACGUCGCGUGCAACAUCACGAGGACCAAGGGCUCUAACAAUAAUAUUGGAGCAGCCGUCAGGAAAGAGGGAUUCGCCGAAAACGGUGUUUACCAGUUCAGAGAGUGGGGAACAGAGGUGUUUGAUGUGGAUGGACCGUGGUUCGAGACCCCAGUGAACAUCCAGUCGCAGGACGGCAUCAAAAUCAAGUGCAACUACGACAGUGUGAACAAUUUCGCAGUUCUUGACAGCCAACAUUUUUGUCCAAUGACCGUGUCAUGGCCACGGCACCAGCGGAGUGGAAUGGGGUUCCUUUCGCGCAGAUCAAUACCGCCGGUCUGAACAUUGCUGACUUCUUCCUGUUCCGGGCUCUCACCUCUAACGUGGAACAGAACCAGCCCGACGGCUCUAAUGAGUGCAAGCUGCUGGCGACUGCGGCCGGCCAAUGCAACAGCGCUCAGGACAAAAUCACAGCCAUCCAACGAUGUGCCUGGCUGUUCAGGGCUCCUCGCUUCAUCCGCUGCGUAGACCCCUCCAACAACGCCGACGGCUUUUUGAGGCUCCUGAAGAGAUGUGUACAAGCAGUAUGCUCCAACCAAGUGACAUGCCAAAACUUCGUCAGUGAUCUCAUUGCCACCGGCUGUACCCAUGUCUCGGGCAUCAACACGUUAAACAACUACUUAAAUGGCGCCGUCUGUUAAAUACAUUACUGGACUCCCUCUCAACUGCUUGACCGCUUGACCACUCAUACUUUGCGUACUGGAAUACCACUACAGUCAUUGGACUUACUUCAUGUCAGUCUCUCUCUGUUUCGCCUCUUCUAGCUUUUAUUCAACAACUGCUGCAAUAUGUUGCAAGGACAGAAACAACAGCUGUGAUUGGUCGAUAGAACAAGCGCGCUGUUUUAUGGUUGGCUGUGGUUGGUUGGAAGAGGUUCAGCAGACUGGGAGACUUAGUCAUCGCUGCUCAAGCUGUCAGCUUCGGAACAUCGUUUCUCUACACGCAAGCCUCCCAGCUGAACCGACUGAAUAAAACGGCUCAUUUAUUAUACAAAUUAGCUGAAAUUUGCA